AUGCAAAAUAAUCAAUUGAAUGCAGUUAAAAUAGUGAAAAUAGUAGUGCCAGAUAUAAUACAGUACGGUGUGCAAGACACUGUGAUUCUGGACUGUGACUAUACUUACGGUAACAACACAUCGGGACUGGUAGUGAAGUGGUUUUUCAGAAACAAAGCUAGACCUGUCUACCAAUGGAUCGUGUCGCAAAAGCCACAGGAUAUGGGGAUAUUGAGAGGUCGUGUUGACUUAGCCUACAGAGCAUCAAGCGAACCAUUAAAAAUGCACAGAGCACUCCGCAUAGUGAAGCCCAACACCGACAUCUCUGGUGAUUACACGUGUGUCGUUUCAACAUUCAUGGAAGAGGAUUCAAGAACUAAUCAAAUGAUUGUUUUUGCAAAAUACGCUGUAACGAAAGAAGCAAUUUACUAUCCGGGGCCCAUGAGCACAACACCUGAAAUGCCGACAGCGGCUGACAUGCAACUCGCUGCAGUUAUUGGCUCUGAAGGUGAGAAAUAUUAUGAACAAGUACAUGCACAGUUACAGCAUUGGUUUUGCUACCAGCUUUAG